AUGCUCACGCGACAAGGCGCGAAGCGGCUCCGGUUCACGUCGCCGCAGACGUCGCAGGCCGCGCUCGUCUGCCCCGGCUUGCUCGUACUCAUCGUGUCGUACCAAGACGGCGUGCACGCGUGCGUCCGGCCGCUGGUCCGCAUCUACCACGAGGUGCACCUCUUCACGCACGCCUUCUUCCUUCGUUUCGAUACGUGGCUCGCGGCGUUUGGCGUCCACGGGCUUGGCCGGCUCGUCGAAACGCAGCGCGAGUGCUGGUUACAGCGCACGAUGGAUGCACUCGUCGCGCUCGGCCACGUCGACGGCGUCACGUUCCUCAUUGCGAAGACGCCGCUUCGGACCUGCCACCUCCUUGCGCUCUGCUGCGCGGCCGCCCGCAAGCAGUCGCCGAUGCUCCUGCUUCCGCUGUUUGCCCCCGAGAGCAGUCUUGAGACGCGCAAGGCCGUCGCGGACCUCCUGUUGCGUGCGAUUGGAACGAGCCAAGUCCGUGUCGCCCCCGACACGCUCGGUCUGCUUCGGUAG